UUUUUUUUUCGUCCUGCCGACUUUCGCUUGCCGACCAUAUACACGACCGCUGUCUUCCCCAUACACAUCCUUGUCACCAUCGCUACCAUUGUCGAUCGCUCACCGAUCCAUUGUCGAUCGUCUGAUAGAUUUUAUCUGACAACCUGCACCAGUCGCUGCACGCCUUCUGUUGCGACGACGACAACAACAAUAACUGAGCAUUGCUUUUAGUUUUCUUGGGACGGUAGACGGAGACAAACAAAUUGGUGCAUUCAAUUUUCUGGACUCGAGGGGUAUAAAUAUUCCAUUCCAGCAAGGCCAAACUAGACGUCAGGUUAGGGAGCGGAUCCAAAUUUACCCCCACGCGCCUGCACACGUUCGUCUCGUUGGCUGCCCUUGUCAAGGGUUCGUGGAAUUCACUGAGACAGUCGCUGUCUGCGACAAUUGAAUCAGACAUUCCUUGGCGGUUUCCACUCCACUUGCUGUUGCGCUCCACAACGGCCACUAUAGUGCAGAUAGAUCGCUACGAAACAAGUUCUAGGGUAGUUAUCAGGCGCUAAGGACGACGGGGAGUAUUAAAAAUGGCGUCCCCCCAACAGCCCGCGCCUCCGAGACACAGUCGAGGUUUCAGUUUUGGUGGCAGGUCAGACAAGUCCAGCAAUUCUGGCAGCAAUAAAAUCCGUCUCACCGAAUCUGCUGAGGAGAAACAUAAACGUUCUUUACAUACCAAAGCCGACCCCAUGGUUGCUAUGAGCGAGGCGCAACCAAUGUUGGUUGCUUUGGAAAAGUCCACUAUCGGCUCUUUAAGGGAGAUGCAGCACAAAGAUCAAUACGGGAAUAUCAUAACCGACCCCGAUCUCUCCAAUCCCACCCGUCCUCGACUUGAGCGUCCGUUGGAUACAAUUCGGUCUUUUGAGACAGCCAUCUAUGGAUCGUAUAAUAGCAGACCGGUAUCAUACGCAAGAACAGACCAUGAAUCCACGCCUGGAGCGGAAUAUAGUAGACGCAGUAGCUAUUUCGGCGGACACAACGGUCACCACCGAGGCUAUAACGACCAAAAUGGCUACUACAACGGACGUGGAACAUAUUCCCGACCGGAGAGUUACAUGGAGGGCAACUAUGGCGGCGGGCCGCCCCCUGAGAAUUACUACCCAUACAACCAAGGCGGCGGAAGGCGACCACGUCGGCACCGCAUGGAGUCCGAGUACCAUGGCGCACAAAAUGGAUAUGGCCCUAAUGGCUACCACAAAUCCUACGAAAACGUGACGGCAGCGUCUGGAUCGGGAAGCAAUACCGAUCCCUGGGCCAACAAUUCAACCGAUCCAAGCUCUGUAAACAGCUCAAUCGACCAGCUACAACUUCAGCAGCAGCAACAACAGCAACAGGAGAGAGCAGUAGCAGAAAGGUAUGGGUUCGCGGGAUUCGGCCCUGAACCGAACCUCAACAAUGGCGGUACAUUAGCCUCUGGUGCAGCUGGAACUGGACCAAUUAAGCUCGGGAAUUCCGCUCCAGUCGCCGAUCCCACCGCUGGAGGCCCCGUGGGUGGACCAGCCUCAGCCGCAGGUGCGCCCACCACCCGUCGCCAUCUACGCAAAACUACGAACGCCUCCGAUGCAAGCGACACGAAACGAAAAAGCUGGUUUAAGCGAAGGUUCAGCAAGGACUAGUCCAAAUCAUGCCCUCCACUUUUGCCCUCUCCCCCUUUAACCGACCUAAAAUAUUUGUCGUUCAAUGCGUGUUUUCUCACCUCACAUAACGGAUGUAAUAACUUAUUUGGCGUUUUAUUCUUGAGUACAGCAAUGGGAUCUACGGAACGGGACAGUACAGGAACUUAUGUGUAUUUGCUUUUUUUCUUCUGUUUUAAAUUAGCUUCUAGCUUGUUAUUAUGCCUUUUUUUUUUUUUCCCUUUUUACUGUUUUGUUCAUAUUUAUUUU